AUGUUCAUCGUCAUCAUUUUUAUGAUAAUGAUUGAUGUCAGUCAACAGUAUGGGGAUAUUACCGAUAAAAAAUUCACUCCAGCCUACAGUUACAUGGUUGUUAAGAAUGGUAGAGCCCCAGUUUGCUACGAUGACAGGAUGCCGAUCGUCCUAAAUAUCCGGGCCAAAUCCAAAAUUGGAUGCGUCGUUAAAUGCUCGACCAAAACAAACAACAGUUUAAGAGGAGUGAAUUACGUACAAACCACUGGAUCAUGUUCAUGUGUUCCCAAGGCAAACAUCCGUUACAAUGUUACUGCUGUUGGUUCGAUGGCUGCUAGUGCUGGUUGCAGGGGCUAUUUCAUACAUGACUGCCCAGAAAAUUUUGAUUACGUGAUAGAGCAGCACAAAUGCUACAAGAUGCAGUAUGAACAUCAGAACUGGUAUGAUGGAAGGUUCACAUGCAACAGCAUCUCCCUUUCCCAUCCAAUCACCAUCGACGAUGAUGUGGAAAAUGGUGUUUCCCUGCAAUACGUCAACUACACCACUCCAAAUCUCCAGGUGUGCCCUGUUGUCAAUAUUAAUUAUGCAUAUGGAUUUUUCACCAGCGGGAUUCGAACCUACGUCAACGGAGUGAGGACACCUUUUCUCUGGAUGCCCUAUCCAGGCGUCAACAAAACAGUCCAAAGCACGGCAGCCUGGCACACGGGAGAACCAAACUCUUUACACGAUAACACAGAUUACUGCAUACAAAACAUUCUUUACGGUUACUUUGGAUGGGAUGAUCAAAACUGUGCUUUCAACCAGUGCGUUCUCUGCGAAUUUGAUAUGUCGGUGUGA